AUGUGCUCCUCCAAGGUCCGGACUCGCUGUUCGAGAGCCCGGACCCGGCCCACGGCCGAUUCAGCGGCAGUCUCCGAGGUUGUGGCCUUUAGCUCUGCCCCUCCAAUGCGAUGUUCAAGUUUUUCAGUUUCUCAGUCGUGCUUUUGCAGCGCGACCGAGAGAAACUCCCACCUGCUCCUGGAUUCCUCGAUAAAGGCGUCGAUCCUCUCCUGCAGCUGGUUGAUCCCGGAGACCAGGCUCGCCUCUGCAGAUCUCCUGGACAGUCAAAUACAGAGUGAGGAUAAGCAGCCUUUCAAUGUACACAGCUACACUAAGUAUCACCCAAUGGAAAAGAUCUACCAGUGGAUGGAACAAAUGAAGGAAAACUAUAAGGAGCUGGUGUCACAGCAUCUACUGGGGAUAACCUACCAGAAACGGCCAAUGUAUUAUCUAAAGAUCAGUAAAAAAUCCGAUAAACCCAAGAAGAUUAUCUGGAUGGAUUGCGGAAUUCACGCCAGGGAAUGGAUUGCUCCUGCUUUCUGCCAGUGGUUUGUGAAGGAGGUACUACAGACAUACACUGCAGACCCUCAAAAAAAUCGUUUCCUCCAACAUAUUGACUUCUAUGUUCUGCCGGUUCUGAACAUUGAUGGUUACAUUUACUCCUGGACAACAGACCGUUUAUGGAGAAAAUCCAUGUCUCCGUGUGACAACAGCUCUUGUUUUGGAACUGAUCUCAACAGGAAUUUUAAUUCACAUUGGUGCAGUAUUGGCGCUUCAAGAAACUGCUGUUCGAACACCCACUGCGGCUCAGCACCAGAGUCUGAACCAGAGACUGUUGCAGUUGCUACUUUUCUCCGGGACCAUCUACACGAUAUUUUGUGCUACCUGACCAUUCACUCCUACGGACAGCUGAUUCUUACCCCCUAUGGGUACACAAACUCAACAGCCAACAACCACGACGAAAUGAUGAGAGUUGGAGAAAAAGCAGCCGAUGCUUUGGAACAGAAACACGGGACCAAGUUCAAAGUGGGGCCUUCCUCCUGGAUCCUCUAUUAUUCGUCUGGCUCCUCACGGGACUGGGCAGGGGAGGUCGGGAUUGACUUUUCCUAUACGUUUGAGCUCCGUGACAAUGGGACCUACCAGUUCCUGCUCCCAGAGGAUCAGAUCCAGCCGACUUGUGAGGAAACCAUGGCUGCUGUGACGACCAUCAUUGAGCUCGUACAUGACAAACAUUUCCCGAACUCCUCUCCUACCAUUGUUGCUCUCUGGUCGGGUGUUCUGACCCCGUGCUUAUUAAGCUUGUACUUUGUGAAUUUGCUGUAG